UCCUGGCCUACGCACUACACUCUGCCUCCAUGUCCAUGGACGCCGACAUCGAGCGGGUUCUUUGGACCGCGGAGGAGAUCGCCGACCGUAUCUCCGCGCUCGGAGCCCAGAUCUCCAAGGACUUCCGGCGAUUCCCGUCUCCCGUCAUCGUAGUCGGCGUCGCCACCGGCGCUUUUCUCUUCCUUGCUGACAUCGUCCGCCAGAUUACUCUUCCAAUCGCGGUAGAUUUCAUCCGCGCUGAGUCCUACGGCUCUGGAACAAACUCAAAUGGCGCUCCCAUCAUCUCCUGUGACCUGAAGCUCGAUAUCAACGAAAAGCACGUAAUUUUGGUUGAAGAUAUUGUAGAGAGUGGUGCCACACUGUCCUGCCUCAUUUCACACUUAAAGUCUAAAGGAGCAUGCUCUAUAUCAGUUUGCACUUUACUAGAUAAGCCUGCAAGAAGGAGAGUUCAUUUUGAGCUUGUUGGUGAUGGAAAAUUUUACUGUGGAUUUGAGUGCCCUGACGAGUUUGUGGUGGGAUAUGGCCUGGACCUUGCCGAGCUUUACAGGAACCUGACGUACAUUGGUGUUCUGAAACCUGAGAAGUACAAUUAAGACUUGGCGCUCCUGUGAAUGAGUUCUAAUGUACUCUCUGGGCAAUGAUUCAAAACCGGCUCCUUAGUCAUAUAGAUUUGAGCUGCGUGCUUAAAAAUUAUGUGAAAUGUCUGGUGAAACUCUUGAAAUGAAAUUGGGAUAUACUAGAAGAUGAUGCAUCUGAGUGUCAACUGUAUUAUUAUUUCAUUUGCAUUGCAAGUUGACUGCACCACUUUUUUGCUAAUUUUUUUGCUUGCAGAGUGUUAUGAUCAUUAUACACUAGAGGAAAAAAAAAGGAUCUCACUUUUCUUUCUUGGGAUUAUGUUUGACAUUGUUGUUAAACAAAAAUAAUUGAAAAUUUUGUGAACAUCUUUA